AUGUCCAAUGUAAAACCGAAGAGUGUGUCAGAUAUAUUUUGUGAUGCACAUGCUUUGCAUGUAGUUGACACAAGCAGAGCCAAAGACGGAGUGUGGUUAGUCAAAGUUCCAAAAUAUUUAGCUGAACUUUGGCAUAAUGCUGGCCCUGAUGGUGUAGUUGGCAAAGUUGUGAUCGCAAGUUCAACUAGUGCAUCUCAGAAUGGCAACAAAGGCCCAGGGUCACAAGUCACUCUUGUUACUGAUUCAGAACUAUUAAAUCAAGUCGGAGAGUCCGGAAAUCUGAUACCAAAGGAACAUCAGUUUCUGAUUCAAACUUCUGCAUCAUCAAAUAGUACACCUGUGACUGCUCGCCCAGGUCAAACUACUCCAAGUUCGACAGUUCAAAGGCGUCCUGGGACUAUAUCUGGACAAGAACUCAUAAUUUUAUGUGAAGACGACCUCGGAUGUGCUCAAACCAACUCGUUUCCAUCUUCGACGACCAACACAACUUCAAUUUCCUCUGCAGCCCCACAUUCUCCAUUCUCAAAUAAACCGUACGCUCGUUACUCUCGGCGACUAUCUUUGUUUGGUCGUGUUAAUAGUAGAGCUGAAUGCAGACCACCACCCAAUACAAGAUAUAUGAUGCUCAAAGCUCAACAGCUCAAAGCAAAGAAUCGACCGCGACAUGCAGUCUGUCUCCUUUAUGAACCAGUAAGAAAUUACAAACCAGUUUCCAAUCAUGUCAACAAUAUCGAGUAUGAAAAUCGGAAAAAGGUUGAGGGUAAAAAUCUUAGACGUGAAAAAGAAGACGUUUUGCAGGAUUUGUUCAAAGCUUUCGAAAGACACCAAUAUUACUCUAUUAAAGAUUUGGUUGUACUUACUAAGCAACCAUUGGCCUAUCUUACAGAGAUACUAAAGGAAAUUGCUAUCUUCAACACUCACAUUCCACACAAAAAUAUGUGGGAGCUGAAACCUGAAUACAGACAUUACACACAGCCUGAGAGUAAGACUGAAUCUAACAUGGAAUAA